AUGUUAUGGUCGGAGUCCUACUCAUGGCAACUUUAUAAUGUUUUAAUAACGGCUCACGCUUUUUUAAUGAUCUUUUUUAUGGUUAUGCCGGCGAUGAUAGGUGGAUCUGGUAAUUGGUCUGUUCCCAUUCUGAUAGGUGCACCUGACAUGGCAUUUCCACGAUUAAAUAAUAUUUCAUUCUGGUUGUUGCCACCAAGUCUCUUGCUCCUAUUAAGCCCAGCCUUAGUAGAAGUGGGUAGCGGCACUGGGUGGACGGUCUAUCCGCCCUUAAGUGGUAUUACCAGCCAUUCUGGAGGAGCAGUUGAUUCAGCAAUUUCUAGUCUUCAUCUAUCUGGUGUUUCAUCCAUUUUAGGUUCUAUCAAUUUUAUAACAACUAUCUCCAACAUGCGUGGACCUGGAAUGACUAUGCAUAGAUCACCCCUUUUUGUGUGGUCCGUUCCAGUGACAGCAUUCCCACUUUUAUUAUCACUUCCGGUACUGGCAGGGGCAAUUACCAUGUUAUUAACCGAUCGAAACUUUAAUACAACCUUUUCUGAUCCCGCUGGAGGGGGAGACCCCAUAUUAUACCAGCAUCUCUUUCGGUUCUUCGGUCAUCCAGAGGUUUAUAUUCCCAUUCUGCCUGGAUCCGGUAUCAUAAGUCAUAUCGUUUCGACUUUUUCGGGAAAACCGGUCUUCGGGUAUCUAGGCAUGGUUUAUGCCAUGAUCAGUACAGGUGUUCUUGGAUCUCUUGUUUGGGCUCAUCAUAUGUUUACUGUGGGCUUAGACGUUGAUACCCGUGCCUACUUCACCGCAGCUACCAUGAUCAUAGCUGUCCCCACUGGAAUCAAAAUCUUUAGUUGGAUCGCUACCAUGUGGGGGGGUUCGAUACAAUACAAAACACCCAUGUUAUUUGCUGUAGGGUCCAUCUUUUUGUUCACCAUAGGAGGACUCACUGGAAUAGUCACGGCAAAUUCUGGGCUAGACAUUGUUCUACAUGAUACUUAUUAUGCGGUUGCACAUUUCCAUUAUGUACUUUCUAUGGGAGCCGUUUUUGCUUUAUUUGCAGGAUUUCACUAUUGGGUGGGUAAAAUCUUUGGUCGGACAUACCCUGAAACUUUAGGUCAAAUCCAUUUUUGGAUCACUUCUUUCGGGGUUAAUCCGACCCUCUUUCCCAUGCAUUUCUUAGGGCUUUCGGGUAUGCCACGUCGCAUUCCAGAUUAUCCAGAUGCUUACGCUGGAUGGAAUGCCCUUAGCAGUUUUGGCUCUUAUAUAUCCGUAGUUGGGAUUCGUCGUUUCUUCGUGGUCGUAACAAUCACUUCAAGCAGUGGAAACAACAAAAGAUGUGCUCCAAGUCCUUGGGCUGUUGAACAGAAUCCAACCACACUGGAAUGGAUGGUACAAAGUCCUCCAGCUUAUCAUACUUUUGGAGAACUUCCAGCUAUCAAGGAGACGAAAAGCUAUGUGAAGUAAAAGAAGAAAGGGUCGCCGACUGCUACUAAGAACCUAACAGAACUUUUCAAAAUGUGGGUUCUAAAACCACUUGUGUAAGUCGGGGUUGAGAAUUGGGGGGCCGCGCCCUAGCCUCGUCGGCCUAAGCCUCGCUAUGAGAACUGACGCUUGAACUCUUACCGGAAGAGAAGGGAAUCGAAGAAUGGAAUCCCUUUUGGUUUGGUUGCUAGCGAGUGAGGGAAUCGCAGAUGGGCUUAUGACCUAGAGGCUGACCUCGAAGCUCCAGCUUACUUCGCUUCGGGAUUAGCUAUGAACCGUAACUUCAAUCGAUCGGUCUCGCCUGCCAGUAAUAAGCUUGACUAGGCAAAUGUGGAAUCAUCAUAGGUAAGAAGCACAACACCAUGUUCCCUCUUUCCUGUCGAAACUAGUCCCCUUCUUCUGUGAGCUAGGUCCAUGGUUGCUACUUCUCUCGUCUCUGGAAAAGGGAUUUAAACUAGACUAUAUGGUCAGUCACUUCGGGCUACUUUUUUGGGAUCGUGAUACUCGGGCUUAUGAAUUGAAGGAAAUGAGCAUUGUCCUUUCACAUUGAAUCCAAUACUUGCGGUUGAUUUCUUUCGAUGGCUUAGUCAGUCCGUUUGGAACUCUCCCCUAUAUACUAAAAAAAUCGUAGCUGGAGCAAGAAGACGAGUAGAAAAUAAAAUGGGAAUGCCCACCAGGCUUCUCGAGGAAGAUCGGAACAGGCUAAACAGGAGCAUUUGAUAGGGUUCUUAUAUACUUUAUAUCUAAUGGAAAAACUUGUGUUUAUGUUAUAAAUGAAGCUGUUACGAGUGCUUAUGCCGGUUGGGGUAUAGGGAUCAGUGAAAAGGAAGUUUCUUGCUUAACCACAGGAGAACUGGUUUCCGGUGGGGUGAUUCAUGUUCUUCCGGUUACGGAUGUUGUGCCACUUGAUGUUUCGGGAAGUACGAAGCUCGAGUAGGAGAGAGGGAAGGUCGGGCUGGCUUUGCUUGCUUAACUACUAUGUCGAUUGAUGGCUUGAGUAUGAAGAUGCCUAUGACUACUGCUUGCUUGAAAGAUUUCAGUUUCGGGGAAAAGAGAAGGCACCGAGGGCGGGGGUAAUGGUUGGAGAGUAGGCUUACUUCUUCCUUCGAAGCCUGUUUCGGGUGCUUGCUUGGUCCGGUUCAGGGUGCUUGGACU